CUUCCUCUGCAGAACUUGUGAAUCAGAAAAUGGACUUUUUCGUUUAUAGGAUUUAUGUCAGUGUAAGAGAUAACCAAGGCCGACGGUGCUCUAGACCACAUAUAAUUCCUGUGCAAGCUUGUCAGUGUGAUAGUCGUAAUUACUGCACCAGUGGGGCCACGAAAAUAAUUAUCAUCGGUGGCGGUGGCAGCAGUGGCAGUGGUGGUGGUGCUGUAGGUGGUGGUGGAGGUGGUGAGACAGGCCAGGAAGGUGGAGGAGGAACAGGACAAGAAGGUGGAGGAGGAACAGGACAAGAAGGUGGUGGCACUGGUGAGACUAGACCUGGAGGAGGUGGAAGUGAGGACCACACAGAAUGGCAGGAUUACACUGGUGCAUACAGUGACAGUAAUGGCGGAUUUAGCACAGCCACUGAUUAUGGUGGUUAUAAUGGAAAUGGAAAUUAUGGCAGAGCUUUCCCAUCUUCUACCACACUUAGCAGCGCUGCCAUUGGCCUGAUGUUUCUUGGUGGAUUAAUAUUUGUUUUGAUUCCGAUUUUGAUGUCUGUGAGCGACUGUUGUGGAUGUGGACCUGGUGCUGCAGGUGGAGUUGGAACUGGAUUUGAACCUGUACCUGAAUGCACAGAAGGGGCAAUUCAUCCAUGGGGAAUAGAAGGUGCACAGCCUGAAGACAGGGAUGUUUCACACAUUCUUGCCCCAACAACAGCUGCAGGAGGUGAUUUUGGUGAACCCUCAGACAUAUAUACAAACACAUAUGGUGGAGGAGGAGUAGUAGCUUCUGGUGUUGAAGAAACUACAGGGGUUGGCUAUGGCACUGGUACUGGUUACGGAACAGCUGGAGGAAUUUCUGGAGCUGGGGAAGUAAAAGGAUCAGUUGGAGGAACAAUAAAAGAGUAUCGAGAAGGAGGUGUGAACAUGGCCUUCCUAGACAACUACUUCUCUGAGAAAGCAUUCGUGUAUGCAGAUGAAGACGAAGGUCGGCCAGCAAAUGACUGCCUGUUAAUAUAUGAUCAUGAAGGGGUCGGUACCCCUGUUGGCUCUGUGGGUUGCUGCAGCUUUAUUGGAGAGGAUACAGAUGAAACGUAUUUGGAUACAUUAGGACCAAAAUUUAAGACCUUGGCAGAGAUCUGUCUGGGCAAAGAGAUCGAACCUUUCCCUGAUGUCAACCCGCCUUGGCCAUGCGUUAACGUCGCCUUUCCCAACCCUGAAAGUGAUCUAAACCUCCCACCACCUGGAACCACCAUCAUUGUCAAUGGAUCUGCACCUAUGCCUCCACCAGUUGGCACAACAACGGUUGUUACCGAAAACACCUACACAUCUGGGUCAACCGUACAGCCUCCAAGGCCGAUGCCAGAUCCUUUGCUUCACGGCAACAUGACGGUGACCGAGACCUACACCUCUGGCUCCCCCUCUCUCUGCGUUGACCCUCUGCGUGCAUCCAACGUUGUUGUAACAGAAAGGGUUGUUGGUCCUGCGUCUGCCUCUGAGUUGCGCAGCAUGCUCGAUAUCCCAGAUCUCACAGAUGGGUCCAACGUUAUUGUCACAGAAAGAGUAAUUGCACCUAACUCCCGGCUCCCAACCUCUCUGAGCAUUCCUGAUUUGGUAGACGGUUCGAAUGUGGUGGUGACAGAAAGGGUGUUCAGGCCCACCUCCGGCAUGCCAGGCAGCUUAAUAAAUAUUCCCUCGGAGUUAUCGAAUGCCCACAAUGUGGUGGUCACCGAGAGGGUAGUGUCAGGGUCUGGGAUGAGCAGCCUGGGGGGAACAAGCCUAGGAGGGGCAAAUCUCGGGGGGCUGAGCAGCACAGGUCAGAUGCUCAGCGCUGACUCUCACCUUGGCCAGGCAAUGGGCACAGUAUCCCCCGGCACCUCUCGGAGAAGAGUGACAAAGUACAGCACUGUGCAGUACUCCAGUCAGUAA